CACGCCUCUCACCCCCAGGAUCGCCAAUCCGGCGUCAGUCCUCCUACUCGCCCCUUCCCGCAGACCGAGUCCUCCGGCACACGUGGGGUGGCAGCGAGGAGAACAGUCCCCAAGCUCCCGAGGGUAGAAAAGCACGUCGUCGAAGCGGACGAGAGAUAUACAGGACGGCGUCUCUAAGGUUCAGGAGGGCUGACGGCCCGGGCAGCGAAGAAGAGGAGAUGGGCGUCUAUCCGCCUACCGGGAAGCCGAGAGGCCUCUUCACCAUAGACUCGAUACUUAACAGGCCUAGUCAACAACAGCAGCCGCAGCUGAGGCAGAACCCGAUACAUUUCGGGCACCUGGCAGCAGCAGCCGCCGCCGCUGCCAACGUUUUCCCACCUACUCCUGAUUUCCUAGGCUUAUAUCCCGGACUUUAUCCCGGAUACAUGGGUGCGGUGGCGAUGGCGGUGGGCCAGCAAGCACCCCCGCCGAAGAGGAAGAGGAGGCACAGGACGAUAUUCACCGAGGAGCAGUUGGAACAGCUCGAGGCCACAUUCGACAAAACACACUAUCCUGACGUUGUCCUCAGGGAGCAGCUGGCUCUCAAAGUCGAUCUCAAAGAGGAACGAGUAGAGGUUUGGUUCAAAAACAGAAGAGCGAAGUGGCGGAAACAGAAGAGGGAGGAGCAAGAACGGCUGAGGAAGCUGCAGGAGGACGCGGUCGGCCUCGCGAGGAGCCUGCCCGUCGACGUCUCCCAGAGGCUCCACCAGUCCGAUUCCGACGAAGAUCUCGAAGUAGCCUAAGAUCCCAAAAUUAAAUAUGUAUGAAAAUUAUUACGAAUUAUAUUGUAAAUAAUAAGUAUUUAUUGGGGAAGAGAAUCCACUGGAUGAGAAAGAGGAAUAAAGCGAGAGAGGAGAAUCUCUAAAUAUUAAAUUCCGGUUUUAGUCGAUUUUGUAUAGUACAUUAUUAUUCAAUUUCUGGUCAAUGAAAUUUUUGCCCGUGGACGGUUUUGUUCAAUGGUCAAUACAAUUUUCUCAACUCCUAAGUAGAAAUUUGUGCAAUAUUAUUGUUAUAGUCUUUUUAGUGAGUACGAUUUAAUUAAACAUCUAUGU